AUGACUCAAGAACCUGAAAAGUGAGUUUUUUUUUUCCUUUUUCUUUUCCUUUUCCUUUUCAAACUUCGUGAAAGUUUUUCUUUCUUUUAUUUUCAUUAUUUAGGAUUCAAUUUAAGAUUUUUGUACAAUUAUGAAACAUCCUUUUAUCUUCAGAAUUGCGAAAUUCCUUUUCUUUUAGAAUUGCUGCUGCUCCUCCGAAGGCUCCAACGGACGCCGAAGGCCUCAUUGAGGUUUUAAUACCUAUACUGAACCUGUAGCGACCCAUUGAUUUUUAGGGUAACUAUGACCAAGUUGUGCCAAGUUUCGACGAGAUGAGCCUGAAGGAAGAACUUCUGCGAGGAAUCUAUGCGUUCGGUUUUGAAAAUCCAUCGGCUAUCCAACAACGCGCCAUUGUUCCGUGUACUACCGGUGAGUUUAUUUUUCGAGAUUUCUGUCUAACUUUUUUCUUGAUUCUUAAAAAUCAACAAAUUCAGGCCGCGACGUCAUUGCACAAGCUCAAUCUGGAACAGGAAAAACGGCAACUUUCUCGAUUUCGAUCCUCCAACGCAUCGACCACACUCAGCAGAACAUCCAAGCCUUGGUUAUGGCUCCAACUCGUGAAUUGGCGCAACAGGUCGUCCGAAGAUUUUAGUCCUGUUUAUAGAUGAUCUUGCAGAUCCAAAAAGUCAUGAGUGCGCUCGGAGAAUAUCUUAAUGUGAGCAUUCAUCCUUGCAUCGGAGGAACCAGCAUUCGCGAAGAUCAGCGAAAACUUGAAGCUGGAGUCCAUGUCGUUGUCGGAACUCCUGGUCGUGUCAACGACAUGAUCAGUCGUGGAUUCCUUCGUGAGUUAACUAAUGGCGAAAAAAAAAAACUUUUUAUUUGAUUUUGAAUCUUUCAGACACCGACUCGAUCAAGAUGUUCGUCCUUGACGAAGCCGACGAAAUGCUUUCUCGAGGAUUCAAGGACCAAAUCUACGACGUCUUCAAGACCAUGCCACAAGACGUUCAGGUAAUCAGAAUCCUGUGACUUCUGUCUUCUAUCUUUUUCUUUAAGGUGGUCCUUCUGUCUGCUACGAUGCCAGCUGACGUACUUGACGUCACUGACCGCUUCAUGCGUGAUCCAAUCCGCAUCCUCGUGAAGAAAGACGAGCUCACUUUGGAAGGUAUCCGUCAGUUCUACAUCAACGUCUCGAAAGAGGUUUGACGGUCAAUAUGAUCUCCCACUUCCAGUUAUUGAAUUAACAGGAAUGGAAGUUCGAAACGCUUUGCGAUCUCUACGACGCUGUCAACGUCGUUCAGGCCGUUAUCUUCUGCAACACACGCAGAAAGGUAAAAUCAAUUUGGUUUUUUGAUUGAUAAAGAAGAUUAGGUCGAAUUCCUGACGGAGCAAAUGCAAGAGAAGAAAUUCACGGUCUCGUGCUUGCACGGAGACCUGGAGCAGCACGAACGUGAUCUCAUCAUGCGCGAGUUCCGUUCUGGAUCUUCUCGUGUUCUCAUCACCACUGACAUUCUUGCUCGUGGUAUCGACGUACAGCAGGUAAAUUGCAGAUCAAACCUCAGAGCUUCAAACCGUCCAAAAUAUGUUUUUGAUCGCCAAAAAAGCAAAAGAAAGUUCCCAUGCAUUGGCAUAUUUUAUUAUGAGCGUGGGGAAAAAAGUCGCGACCGCAUCACGAUGGGAAUGAAACAGUCUCAUUCGAAAGUUUUUUGAAUUUUCCAGAGCCCUCUGUAAAAAAAAAUGAAAUAAAACACUAUAUAUCCGAAUAGCAUCGUUAUUCCGAAGAAAAAUUAAUUUUUUUGAUUCGUGAUCGAUAAUCGUUUAAGGCAAGCUCAAACCAAAAAUGACGCAGAGAAACCCUUCUACAAGCUUAUUGCGAGAAGACCCUCGUUAUGAAUACAAUUAGUAAUUUCAAUUCAAGAAACCUGAAUAGCAAUUUUUGUGAUAAUUUACAUCUUCAACUCUUUCACUACAAAACUACGUUUUUCGAUUUUUUCGUCUCAGUUUCAAAAAACAAAUAAUGAGAUUUCUGUUUGUUGCGUCACAGAAAGAACUUUCUCGUAUGAAAUUCAAGCUUUUCGAAACUCUUUGAGGGAAAAAUCCGCUUUUAGUAAAUUCAAAAAGAUACAUGACAUUUGGGAAGAAAAAAAUUUUUUCCAUGUUUUUUCUUCUCUCGCGCAACUUGGUUUAAGGGGCGUUGAAAAAACAAUUUUCUUAACCAAGUCACAUGUUUCAGGUCUCUUUGGUAAUCAACUACGAUUUGCCAUCGAACCGCGAAAACUACAUUCAUCGUAUCGGACGUUCUGGUCGGUUCGGUAGGAAGGGAGUGGCGAUCAACUUUGUCACUGAGAACGACGCUCGUCAGCUGCAAGAGUUGGAGACUUUCUACACAACUCACAUCGAAGAAAUGCCCAUGUCCAUCGCUGACCUUCUCGCUUCCUAA